AUGACGAUCAUUGCAGGAUAUUUUGAGAUUUUGAAUAUCCUGCAAGGAUCCUAUAGGUCAGGAUACUGUCGAUCAGGCGGGUCCACAGUGGACGAUUGCCAGCCUUGCCCCCCUGGUCAUUACUGCGAUCAGAUAGGCUUGGCCGAGCCCAGCGGUCAGUGUGCUGCUGGCUACUACUGUCCUGGGGGACAGAGCACUGAUAGACCGUCACAACAUGUGUGUGGAGUUGGUCAUUUCUGCAAGGAGGGUAGCGUGAGAGAGAGAGCCUGUGCCCCAGGCAGCUACCAGCCUAGUGAGGGUCAGCACCGAUGUGAGGUGUGUCCUUCUGGCUUCUACUGUCUUGAAGAAGGAAGGACACACUUGGUUCCAUGCGGAAGAGGAUUCUAUUGUCCACGUGGAACAGCCAAUCAGCAUCCUUGUCCAUCCGGGACCUAUGGAAACUUAUCAGGAUUGGCUGACGAAUCGGAAUGCUCUUUGUGUGAACCGGGGAUGUACUGUAAAGGAACAGGGAGAAUUUACCCCAGUGGUCCAUGCAGUGCAGGGUUUGUGUGUUUUGGGGCCGCCUCUCAACCCUCCCCCUCAGACAACAUCACAGGCGCUCCAUGUCCUCCUGGAUUCCACUGUCCUGUUGGAAGCUCCGUACCAACGCCCUGCCCUAAAGGCACAUUCAGUGUCGUAGAUGUGUUCCAGGGUUCUACUGUGCAGAGCCAGGCCUUAAAGCAGUCACUGGAGCCUGUCUGCCAGAAGAGCAUGUUCCCACGCUUCUCUUAUUCCAAGUCCCUCAUGGGUACAUGCCUCUCUGAUGGCCUCAUGUUCACCAUUACCACUUCUGACACCAAAGUAGAGUUUUUGAAGGGUUGUACCGGCCAGGACACGAACCUGGGUCCAGCAACUGUCAAGCCAACACCUUAA